AACAUAAAUACUCUCUCUGAACAUUUCGUUCUGCAAUGCAGUAGGCUAGCUUCAUAGGCGAGAGAAGACCACACAAAGAAUUGGACACAAAUCAACUUCUCACUAAUUGAGCGACACCAUGCUACUUCUCGCUCUCUUUAUCACGACAGCUGUGGCCACCCCCCUGCUCGGGACAGAGCAGUGUGCCCGCGGCCCCCCCUACUGGUGCCAGAAUGUGAAGACUGCCUCCAUUUGCGGAGCCGUGACCCACUGCCAGCAGAACGUGUGGAACAAGCCCCAGAUGAAAUCUGUGCCAUGUGACCUGUGCAAGGAGGUGCUGACUGUUGUUGAGCAGCUGCUGAAGGACAAUGCCACAGAGGCUGAGAUCCUGAGCUACGUUGAGAAGGCCUGCACCCUAAUCCCUGAUGAGGGCCUCUCUGACAAGUGCAAGGAGCUGGUGGACAGCUACUACCCCAUCCUCAUCGGCAUCAUCAAGGGCGAGCUGGAGGACCCCAGUGUUGCCUGCGGAGCCAUGGGCCUGUGCAGCAGCGUGCAGGCCGCCCUGGCCAAGGCCCAGUCUGAGCUCCUGUCCAAUGAGAUCCCCCAGAUGGACCUGUCCCAGAGGGCCGCCCCCUUCCUCCUGAAUGUCCCUCAGCUGCUCUACCCUCAGGCCCCCAAGACCGAGGCCCCCAAGACCGAGGCCCCCAAGACCGAGGCCCCCAAAGAGGAGAACGGUGACGUGUGCGAGGACUGUGUCAAGUUCCUGACCGAUACCCAGGAGCAGGCCAAGAGCAACGCCACUUUUGUCAACGCCCUCAUUGAGCAGAUCGAGGCCCAGUGUGACCUGCUGGGGCCGGGCCUGUCUGACAUGUGCAAGCAGUACGUGAGCCAGUACGCCCCUCUGGUGGUCCAGCAGCUCAUGUCUAUGGAGCAGCAACCCAAAGACAUCUGUGCCCGCGCCGGCUUCUGCCAGUCUGCAGUGGAGUCCUUCCCUAUGGAGACCCUGGUGGCUGCCAAGGCAGUCAAGUCCACCCCUAUGGAGAUCCUGGUGGCUGCCAAGGCAGUGAAGUCCAUCCCGGCCGUCAUGAUGAUCCCUGCCAUGAAGAUGGUCCCCGCCACCAAAGUGGAGGAGCCCGCUGUCGACAAAGCUGCCACAAAGAUGGUCCGUGCCCGUGACUCUCCCCAGUGUGCCAUCUGUGAGUUUGUGAUGAAGGAGGUGGAGGACAUGCUGCAGGACCAUGCCACUGAGGAGGCAGUGAUGGGCGCUAUUGAAAAGGUGUGCCUUGUGCUCCCCAAGACCCUCUCUGCCCAGUGCAAGGACCUGAUUGAGACCUACGGCCAGGCCAUCAUUGAUCUGCUGGUGCAGGAGGCCGACCCCAAGACUGUGUGUGCCCUGCUGGGGCUGUGCAAAGAUGCCGACCGUCUCCUCAUCCCUGUCAUGGACACCGUGCGCUUUGAGGCCGGAGGCUACUGUGACGUGUGCAAGAUGGCCGUGCGCUACGUCGAUGGCAUCCUGGAGCAGAACGCCACCGAGGCCGAGAUCGAGGACGCCGUCAGGAAGGUCUGCAACUUCCUGCCCGAGAGUGUCCGCACCGAGUGUGACCAGCUGGUUGAACAGUAUGAGCCCAUGCUGGUGCAGCUGCUGCUCCAGAUGCUGGACCCUGACUUUGUUUGCAUGAAAAUGGGAGCGUGCCCCGAGGGCCUCAAGAAGCUCCUGGGCAUGGAGCGGUGCAGCUGGGGGCCCGCCUACUGGUGCAAGAACAUGGAGACCGCCUCUCGCUGCAAUGCGGUGUCUCACUGCAGGCGUCACAUUUGGAGCUAGAGAUGAGGACCAACACCAUUCAAACCUGGGAAAUUAAAGGAGAAUUUGUUCUAGCGCUGCUUUCCUGUUUUUAAAAACGAUUGUUCUCUUUUUCUUUUCCCUUUUUAAAAACAAAAAAGAGAGAGAGAAGAUUAGAUUUGAAAUGACCACCAUUUAACUUUUUUGGCGCUAAUUUAACAAGCAGAAAACUGGAUGUUUUAAUGAAGGGAUGUCUACUCAAUGGGAUGGGGACGGGGCACAUUUAUCUAGUUGACUUUGACUUGAUUCAGUUUUAUUUUUUUUCUUGUGUUUUUAGUUUUGUUUUUAUUUCGUUUGUGUGUUCAGUCAGGGACAAAACUAUUCAUUGUAGAAUUGAAAUUCUCUUAGUCUCGCUGUAAUACUUCUUUGAAGUGCGAUGGAAGAGUGAGGCUCAUGCAAAAGCGCACACACACAUUUUGUUUUUGAGGUGGUUUCACUGGCUGUACUCAGAUAAUUGUUAGUUGCUUAGCCUUGGCUGGGAUAGGGGAGCAGGUUGUGCCUUGAUUUGUAAAAGGAGGUCUGAGACCUCGGAAAGCAGAGAUAUCAUUGGAUGCCCCAAUAGUCCUGACCCCCUCCCCCCCCCCUACCUGUCAGAAUUCUAAAAAUUGAAUGACCUGUGAGGCCAGUGUUCUGGAAUAGAAAUCUAAGUGUUUGUUUUUGUUGUUUUUUUUAACCAAUCCUUAACCGCACCCCCUCCCCAUCAUAUGGAAAGUUGAUCUCUUUCUUUGCUGGGCACUGAUCAAGAGAAGACCAAUUGAGAUCAGAGGGGUGUACGGAGUGAUGCAGUACUGUUGUGGGGGAGGGCUCUACAUGUGCGCGUGUGUUUUUAUCUGUGGAUGACCAUAAAUGUCUGCAAUCCCAUGUCACUGUUUGGCCACCCACUGCUCGUUUAAUCAGCGUAUUUCCUUUUUUUUAGAGAUUUCUCGUUAGUGCACUCAAAUCACAUGAGCCAUCUGUAAAGAGAUUCUAAUUGAAUUAAAAACUACUCCAAAUCUA